AUGGUAAGUGAGGAGCCGGCGUUAACUAGUCCGCUGGCGAAACCGGGGAACACCGUUCUGCCUUGCCAAGACCAGUACUUUGUAGGAGGCCAGAGCUAUAACUGCCCGUAUUCUGGUACAACGUCAGAAUCUAGUGUUGACGUUUCCACGGAGACUUGGGUCUCUUUCUGGGCUGCUGGUCUCCUGGACAACAGAGAGCCCCAACAAGCACCACAGGCACAGGAAUCAUCCAGUGACUCGAAUUUCCCUGUUCUUAAUUCGUGUUCAUGGGAAGAGGCUCAGCUUUCCUCUCAGCUCUACAGAAACAAGCAGCUCCAAGAUACUCUGGUGCAGAAGGAAGAAGAACUUGCUAGGUUACAUGAAGAGAAUAAUCAUCUCAGACAAUACCUGAAUUCUGCUUUAGUUAAAUGUCUUGAGGAAAAAGCCAAGAAAUUGCUGUCAUCAGAUGGGUUCUCCAAAGCAUGUGGAAAAUUCAGAAAGGGGAAGAGGAAACCCAAAGAGCAAAGAUAUUUUCCUCCUGAGAUUCCCCAUCAUAAAAAUGCCAAAAGAAACCUCUCUAGUGAAUUUGCUAACUGUGAACAACCUGGGCCCCCUGUGGAUCCCUGGGUUCUUCAAACACUGGGGUUGAAAGACCUCAACACCAUUGAUGACACCUCAUCAGCUAACUACAGUGCCCUCUCGUCUCAUCCCAGAUGGACCACAAGCACAUUUACCCAGUUUCUGGAUGAUGCAGUUGAUUAUCCCAGUGCCUCUGGGGAAGAUCUGCCAAUUGACUAUGGAGGUGACAGAACAACCCCCUCACACAGCACUGCCAGCCACAGGGAAGAUUUUCACUUCCUUUCUCAAUUUUCAAAUCCACCAGGAGGACUACAAACUCUUCCUUACUAUACUUCUGAUGUGUCACCCAAUAAGACAGAGAUGGCCUUUUCCACAUCCCUGAGCCCUCACUGUAAUGUGAAAACUCACUCCUUCCACCAGGGACAAGCCUUUGUUCGUCGAGAUGAAGAGGGAGGCUGGAAGUUUACCUGGGUCCCUAAGCAGUCUUAG